AUGACAGCUCAGGAGCCUAUUGCUGAACCUUCAGCACCGACAUACAGCCCUAGAUAUGUCGAUAUUGGCAUCAACCUCGCAGACCGCGUCUACCGCGGCAGCUAUCGCGGGAAUCAAAAGCACCCUGAUGACCUGGACGCCGUCGUAGACAGAGCGAAGCAAGUAGGAUGCACAAAACUAAUGGUCACUGGCUCGGACUGGCACAGCAUCAAAGAUGCCAUCGACCUCGCCAAUGAGUAUCGCAUUCACCCCUGCAGCAGCAGUAUAUUCGGCACCGGCCCGUCCACCACUGCCCAUGACGAUGCGCACGUGGCCCCGUGUGACCCCGACCCCUCCGCGCCCAUCCCCGACAGCGCCGUGGACCUCGAAAAGACCGCCGCCAACAUUGCGCAGCUCAAGAUGCUCAUCGCCGCCGGCGUCCAAAAGUCGGGCUCCGGCGGCUGCGCCCCCCUCGUCGCGCUCGGCGAGUUCGGCCUCGACUACGACCGGCUGCACUUUUGCAACAAGGCGGUGCAGCUGCACAGCUUCGCCGCGCAGCUGCGUCUCGCCGCCGCGCUGGACCCCGCGCGAGGAGAUGCGCGAGCUGCUGGAGCUCGGCCUACGGACGGGCCUUGGUGCGAGGUGCGUCCGAGCCACGCGGGCUGGAAGUACCUCGUCGAGGCCUCGGCGGCGUCGUCGGCAGCGGCGUCUGCAGCCGAGGAGACACCGUCUUCAUCAGCGGUGUCGACGCCCGCCGCGGUGUCGGACGCCUCCGGCACUGGGAAGCGGCCCAAGCCCCAGAAGCAGCCCAACCAUGGGAAGAAGAAAAACCAGCGGGCGGAGCCCGAGGUGGCCUCGCGGUUCAAGGCGACCAAGAGCUGGCAGGAGGGCUGCAUGAUCAAGGGCCGCAACGAGCCGUGCACGAUUGAGCGCAUCGCCACGAUCGUCGCAGGCAUCAAGGGUGUUUCUGUGGAGGAGGUCUGCGAGGCGGCGUGGCGAAACACGAACAAGGUGUUUCACCUCGACGAGAGCGCAUAG